GUAAAAAGCAGAGAGCUCUAAAUUACAAAAAUGUCACUUCAAAGCACCAUAAACAACCCUAAAAUUGCGUCUAAAUUCAUUAAUGUUUCUUUUAACAACCAAAUUUCUUUAUUCAACCAAGAUCUGAGCCCAAUUAGACUAACAAAACCAAAUAAAAAGAAGGCUAAGAGCAAUGAUAUCCCAACCAGACCUCUUGAACCCAAAAAGAAUAAAAAGAAGUUGUAUAUAGAGAAAUACAAAGGAGUAAAUCCAAUAAAAUAUUCGCACCUGGCCUUUAGAGAUUUCAACUCGAUAGUGAACAAGAAAUUACUAAAGUUGCUAGGGGUUGACUAUAACGCCGCUAAAGCACUCCCGGAGACACUAGAGAAUGAUCAAUAUGGGAUAUCUCCUUCAAAGAUUCAGCAUCAUAAUUCUGAAAGUCCUGUCAAAAGAAGAGUGAACAGUAUAAGAUCUUCUAGAAGGAUGCUUUCCAAGAUCAAGCAUAUGAAAUCAAAUUCUAUCAAUAACUCCCUCUACUCGACUGGGUCUGACAGUGAGACUUUUAGUUCUUUUAAGAACUCUGACAUGCCGUCGUUCAGAUAUUCCUCUGAAAUAAACCAGAAGAGAAGCAAGAAGAGGAUGACCUUCACCAGGUUCUUUGCUGGUGAUAAGGGAGAGUCACCUAAAAUAACUCUAAGGUGUAAUAAGUACAAGUAGUUAUAAUUCAAUAGACUAGGAAAUGCG